UUAUUUCCCCCCAGUGAAGCUCCAGCCUGAAAGUCCUCCUCGUUAUUUCCGGGUGUAGCAAGAUGGUGGAUCUGUGAGUUCCUGGGCAGUUUUUAUAGCAGAGUUUGGUCGCCAUCCCCAGUUGGACGUUUUUAGCUACGCCAGUUUCUGGUUUUUAAAGGAGUCAAGAUGGAGCCCGGCCCGUCCACUUCCCCUAUGGAGCAAAGAGAAGAGUUCAUCAUUGAUAGUGACGCUCUGAAAGAUUGUAUUAUUACAGGGUUGAAAGAGAUGUACUUUUCUCAGAUGCUUUAUGAUGUCACCAUACGGACUACAGAGAAGUGCUUCCAGUGCCAUAGGGUCGUCCUGGCCUCAGUCAGUGAUUACUUCAGAGCGCUCUUCAUGUGCUCGAUGAAGGAGACUGUGCUCGGGGAGGUUUGUCUUUUGGAAGUCCCCUCUACUGUCCUACAGACCAUCCUGCACUACAUCUACACGGGGGAGCUCCAUCUCACCUUGGACAACGUGGAGGAGCUGUUUAUAGUGUCCGGCCGCCUGCAGAUCACCGCCUUGCAAGAUCUAUGCAGCAGGUACCUUGCAAAGGGGCUCAACAAUGGAAACUGCCUUUCAAUUUAUAGAUUGGCUCACGGUCACCAUCACAGAAACCUCUCGGAAGAAGCCGUGAACUACAUUGGUCAGAAUCUGAGCUCCGUAUCUGUAAGGGAGGACUUCAUGAUCCGCUUACAGAUGGAAGAACUGGUGAACAUUCUGUCUUCGGAUAGCUUGAUGGUUUCCUCGGAACUCGCCGUCUACAACAUCGCCCGCUGCUGGUGGGAAUUCCACACCCAGAAGGACCACCCUCUUCCCCUAGAACUGUUCAGGGUCGUCAGGCUAGCGCUCAUGACUCCAGACGAACUGGAAAAGGUCAGCAGGGACAUCCCCAGCGACGACUACCUUCUCCAGCUUCCGGAAAGAGUCAACUUGCGCCAAGGGAUGUUUGAGGAGAGAAUAACCGGCAUGGAGAUUAAAUUAUUAGAUAGAACGGACCCGGAAGAAGAGGAUUACUAUUUCAACGCCUACGAUCCAACAACGGAGUCUUGGGAGAAGCUUCCCUUCUGUGACGAUUUGGAUCAACCUGGAAUUGCAGCCGUAGGGUGUAAAUUGUAUGUUUCGGGUGGGUUUCAUGAAGAACGUCAUGCUUCCAACGCCCUGCACGUGUACGAUUCGGUAUUUAACGAAUGGCAAGAGCUCCCGCCUAUGACCUAUCCAAGAGCUUGCCAUGGCUUCCUAGCCUACAAAAACAUGCUUUACGCUUUUGGUGGCUGCAACAGGACCGACCUCGUAGACUCGAUGGAAUGCUUCAGCUUGUCGGACAAUAGAUGGCGCAACUUGUCGAGCAUGCCCUUGGCGUUGCGUGGUUUUGCUUGCGCGGAGCUGAAAGGAAGACUGUUCGCGAUCGGCGGGAUGACUCGCAGCGACACCGAAGUCUUCCACCAUCCGGGCUUCCAUAUUUACAACAUAUCCACAGACACUUGGAGCCAGUUCCCGCUGCCCAUUAUCUUUUCAGCCGCUGGCGUCGUGACCAUGGACGAUAAAUUGUACGUCGUGGUAAGCUGUAAACUCAGACACGAUGACUUUAAUCCGUAUCCAGGUUACGAUACUUAUUCGCCAUUUAAUGGUUACGAUUCCUACCUUCUGUACAACGAAGACCCAGAAGCCAUUUCUAGGGGCUUCAUUCUGGAUCACCUAGGGAGGAUUUGUCACGGUACCAUCCCGCCGGUCGUCGAGAGCGUUUCUCACACUACGGUGGUCCGUUGGGAGGACCGGAUUUACGUUAUGGGCGGUAUUGACGAGGAAUGUAUGAGUAUCUAUACCAUGUUGUACUGGAGCCCAGGAAAACUUGACUGGACUGUCUGCCGGAAGGAGCUCCCUUUCCUGAUCAGCGAUUUUGGGAGUGUCACCCUGCAGGUGCCCCUGAAACACCUCACCCCCCUCAUUCCUGGCCGGAGAUUGGACUACAUUUUUAAAAGUUAUAGUGGGGAGGACGGAACGUGGUAGAGGAGCUUGUAGCCUGAGGGGGCUUUGAAAAUGUGUAAAGUAAUUUGUGGCAAAAAAACUGGACAUUAAAGUUGUUUUAAAAAA